AUGUCAUUAGCCUACCCCCUCCAUGGAGGGGGGAAGGCACGAGUCGUUCGGUGCGAAGUGACUCGCGCGCCGCCCGCCGCAGCGCUCGCACGCCGCGCCUAUCGCGCGCCCCGCGAUGUGUUAUCAGUGACGUACCCAUGGAGUACCAACACCAGCCAGUCCAGCCUCUCGGGCCCCCGGCACCUCCGCCACAGCUGCUGCCACCUGCGCCACCUCCUCCGCUUCCAACACUGCCGCAACUACAGCAUGGACACCCCCAGGAUGAGGACCGAUGGAACCAGUACCACAUCUGGAGACAGCAUGUCUUUG